GGGAGGAUUUCUGAAGUCGCGUUUGAGAUCUCGCGAUUCCGCGGAGUCGGCGCUGGCUGUGUGCGUCAUUUCCGGCGGCGCGGUCGCGCAGUGGCCAACAGAGUGCCAACGGCCUGCAGAACAACAUGCCGAAGUUUUAUUGUGACUACUGCGAUACAUACCUCACCCAUGACUCUCCAUCUGUGAGAAAGACACACUGCAGUGGGAGGAAACACAAAGAGAACGUGAAAGACUACUAUCAGAAAUGGAUGGAAGAGCAGGCGCAGAGCCUGAUUGACAAAACAACUGCAGCAUUUCAGCAAGGAAAAAUACCUCCUACUCCAUUCUCAGCUCCACCUCCUGCAGGGGCGAUGAUCCCACCUCCCCCCAGUCUUCCGGGUCCACCUCGCCCCGGUAUGAUGCCAGCACCCCAUAUGGGGGGCCCUCCCAUGAUGCCAAUGAUGGGUCCUCCUCCUCCUGGGAUGAUGCCAGUGGGACCUGCUCCUGGAAUGAGGCCGCCUAUGGGAGGGCACAUGCCAAUGAUGCCUGGGCCCCCAAUGAUGAGACCUCCCGCUCGUCCCAUGAUGGUGCCCACUCGGCCCGGAAUGACUCGACCAGACAGAUAAGGAGAAAGGGGAGCCUCUUUCUAUCAGGCUUCUGUUACUUGUUCUACUUCACAGCAGAUCAAGGUGCUUAUGACUCUGGGUGUUUUCUAACAGCAGACAAGGAAGACUCACUCCCUCUUCCUAAGAGAGAAUAGUUUUUGAGGGGAGUAGUGGGGAAAAAAAAAAAGCAAUUUUCGUUUGUAUUGUGAAAUGUGAAAAUAAAAUUGUCAACUCUUUUCGUUAAAAAUGUGUUCCCUUUUUUCUCCCUCCUGUAUUUGUGUAUUAUAAAGGAGAUGAACUAGCUCAGUUGUUUCUCCAGCUUAUUCUCUUUAGCAUGCCCUCUGCAUGACAUUGUUUUUCCUUAGCUAUAGAAUGGGUCUCUUUGGACAGCCUGCCUUUAAUUAAUAAACUUUGCCUGUGCAA